CAUCAUUACUGGCCGCAUCUUUGACUUCAUCCAUAAUUUAGCCCGGAACUUACAUAACUUUGGAAACCGUUCAGAUCCUUCAACUCGUCACCGCUAGAUAUUCACCUUGAAUUACAUACCUAUAAUUUCUAACUUAUCUACCUACUCAUAUUAAUACACCUAAAUUAACCUUAAACAAUCGUUGAUCGACAAUUGAACGCCGAACUUUAUCAUUGUUAGAAUCCGUAAUCGUUUAACUGACUGCCUUGCCAAGAUGGACCAACCAACCGAACAGAUACAAUCCGAAUUAGAAAACUUUAGGCAACAAUGGCGGGCCGAGGUCUCAGCUCGUUCUAAGAACACGACUGGCUCUCAACAGCCGCAACAACAGCAGAGAAUAAGUUCAACUCAAGCUGGUCCUUCAACCCCGAGCAAACCUUUGAGAAAAAGUGAACCUGCCCAUAGAAAGACUACCUCAAGGAUCGUCUCUCACGUAGAAGAUGAGGAGGAGUACAUCCAAACACAGUCUUUUGAUGAACCAGACCCAAGUAAAGCACCAGGACAGAAACUCGGCCGUCAGGAUGGCCCUUCCACUACUACUAAGGAUAAAGAGAAGGAACCCCAGACCGCCUUAGAUUUCUACGAGAAAGCCGUUGAGAAGGAGACAAGCGGUAAAUUGGGAGACAGCCUACAACUGUACCGCAAGGCCUUCCGCAUGGACGACAACGUCGACCAAUCUUACCGCAACAAGCACUUCCCAGCGCGUUGGACCAAACCGGUUCAAGUCAACCCGUCAAACGCCCCCGCGACGGUUCCUAACACCGCCCACCACUCCCUAGAAGGACCCACACUGUCGCUCCCAGAUCUGAUCGCCAGCUUCUCGGACCUGAGAAUCGAGGGCGUACCGCCGGAAUGCGAGGGUGUAGAACCUCCCCCGUGCCCCAUGGCCGCGCUCCCCGACGAGAUCCUCGUCCACAUCCUGCGCGACGUGGCCGUCGCCGACGUCGGCGACUUCGUGCGCCUGGCCCAGGUCUGCAAGAGAUUGGCCUACCUCGUCGCGACCGAGGACCAGAUCUGGCGGCGCGUGUGUUUGGGGACGGAGUUUGGGUUCGGCGGCAUGCACUUCCACUGGCAACUAGGCAUAACGUGGGAACCACUAUCCCCCGCACAGCAGCUGCUCUCCGACGACGCCGACGCCGACGCCGGCGCAGAUGUAUUCACGCUAGACCAAUUAGCCCGUCAGCGCGAGGAAGAGCGGCGCGCGACUACGAGCGUACUGCUUAACAGCCUGUACGCCGGGUCCUGGGCGACGAUGUUCCGGCGGCGCCCGCGCGUCCGCUUCAACGGGUGCUACAUCAGCACCGUGAACUACAUCCGCGCGGGCCAGGCCUCCGUGCACCAGAUCACGUGGAACAGCCCCGUGCAUAUCGUCACGUACUACCGGUACCUCCGCCUGUUCCGCGACGGGUCGGCCAUCAGCUUACUCACGACCGACGAGCCGGCCCACGUGGUCCAUCACAUGACGAAGGAUAACCUGGCCCUGCACCGCGGGGGCGCGGGACCGCAUCUCCCGAGCGCGGUCAUGGCGAACGCGUUGAAGGGGCGCUGGAGGCUGUCUAGCGAGGCGGACGAUCCCGAGGCCGCGGUUAAGGAUAUGGAGGGCGAUUUGUUCGUCGAGACCGAGGGCGUCGGGCCAAAGUACAUGUACCGCAUGGAACUCACGUUCAAGGGCACGGGCGCGGGGAAGGCGAAGGUGGGCAGUAAUAAGGUUAGCUGGAAGGGCUUCUGGAGCUAUAACCGCGAGACGGAUGAUUGGGCGGAGUUCGCGCUUCGGCAUUAUAAACCGUUCUUUUUUAGUCGGGUUAGGAGUUAUGGUGUUGGGGAGGUUUAGGGGAUAGGGUUAUGGCGAGAGAAGUUGUGAUGGGUAGGGGGGGACGGUGUAUGAGGGCUAUGAUGAGAUGAGGGUAUGCUAUGUUAAGAUGUGCUAGAUGAGUUGAGUUGGAGGGUAUUGGGGGUGCAGGUCAGCUUCAAAUAAGGGCAUUAACGCGUAUCAUGACAAUGGAAAGAGGCAUAGCUCAUGGAUUUAGGGAGUUGGUGAGACUUGUUGAGUCCUGACAUUUCACUACUGAGGUACUGAUUAUAUUCUAAAGCUUUGUUGAUAAUAUGAACUCAUAGUGCUGUAAAAGUGAGAAACUAA